AUGAAAAUGCGUUAUUUUGUUCUAGUCGCCUUGGUGUCCAUAUGUCCUGCGAAAGUGCAUUUAAUCAUACGUUUCACCAAACUAUUAUGUAACAGUACACAUCCUAUGACAGUAUAUGAGAAAUGCCAUAUUGAACGAGUGCAUAACAUUACAACAAUAACAAUACGACAAAAGCUACUGCAGCCCAUCUACAGAGUACAAGCAAACAUUUCAAUAAUACAUCUCUCGAAGAGUCUUAAUCGCGUUUUGUAUACUUUCAAUAAUGUAGAUGCCUGCGCUUUUAUAUUGAGACGUCGUAAUCCAGUGCUGAGAUUACUCUUUGCGCAUUUUCAAAAAUUCAGCAAUAUCAAUCACAGUUGCCCAUUCAAGGACCAUUUAAUAGUCGAUCGUUUCGCUAUAAGUGAUAUUCAGGUGGCGCGCUUACCAAUUCUAGCGGGAGAAUAUGCCUUGCUGACGGCUUGGAAAUUGAACGGUGUCCAUGCUGCUUAUACCAAUGUAUUUGUGAUUUAUAGCUAA